AUGGAGGCCAAUAUUGGGCACAAUCCAAGUUAUACAUGGAGGGGUAUACAGAGCACUAUCCAUCUACUUUCACUUGACUAUCAAUGGAAGAUUGGUGAAGGAAGUAAUAUUAAUGUUUGGACCGAUCCUUGGAUACGUUCUCGAACUAAUAUGCGCCCUUCAACUACCCCUCAUGGGAACUAUGCUAAUUUGCGUGUCUCUCAUCUCUUUGAUUCUGUCCAUAAUACUUGGAAUUAUGCUUUGCUCAACCCAGUCUUCAACACACAAGAUGUUGCAGAUAUCUGUAAAAUUCCUCUUCAUUCUAGGCCUGCACAAGACUCUAUCAUUUGGACGACAUCUCCAAAUGGUAACUAUUCUGUCAAAAAUGCUUACCGUCUCUGCUUAAAUCUUGUGUUGCAUGAUAGUUCCCUACGUGUGAAUGGAAAAUUUAAGAGAGAUAUGGACACAAAUUCUUCAAACAAGAGCCAAAAGAAUUAUGAGGGUGAUGGUAAAAAUUUUAAUAGAAUAUUAAGUGAUCUACCUGAUGAAAUGUUGCAAAAGAUCAUUACUUACAUUUCUAUCAAAGAAGCCGUGGCUACAUCCAUCUUAUCAACAAGAUGGAAGCAUCAAUGGAUUGGUAACUACAAAUCUAAUAUGGAAUUGAAUGAAGGUUUAUUUUCUAAGAGGCAAGAUUUCAUAGACUUUGCGGAAAAGUUAUAUAAGAUUUGUAAUAAUUCUAACCCUCAAAAGGUUUCUCUCAUCUUGAAAGUUGGUAAUGAAUUUAGAAGAGUUAAUAAAUGGUUAAGUGCUUUUGUUAAUCCUAUGAUUAUUGAAGAACUUAAUCUUGAACUUGAUGGAAUUAAAAAUCCAUUGGUGCUUCCUGAUGAGUUUUUCACUUCUAAAACAUUGACCAUAUUUCAACUUAGUAUGAGACAAGUCAUAAAAAUUCCAUCAAGUACCAUAAAUUUUCAAAAACUUGUGACUUUGACUUUGAAAAAUGUUAUAUUCCCUAAUCAUCAUUGCACACAAAAGUUUUUUGUUGGUUUACCAUCCCUUAAAGAAUUAACCUUAAUUGAAUGUGAUUGGAAGAAGGUUGGUUCUCUCACUAUUAUUUGUGAAGUGCUUCAAAAGUUGUUUAUUAGGGAAUGGGAAAAUGAAGAAAAUGUUGAGGAGCAAAAUGAUCAUGAUCAUAGAGAAAUAGGGUUUCAAGCACCUAAAUUGCUAACAUUUUCAUAUGAUGGUGACCUCAUAAAUUAUUACUUCUUGUUUUCCACAACCUCAAUCACUGAUGCAUCUAUUGAGGUUAAUGAAAACAACAAUAGUACCUUGCAAGCUGAUUAUUUUGUAUCAAAACUUUUCCCAAGCCUCAUUGGAGUGGAAAGGCUAUCAAUCAGUGACUUUGCUCUUGAGGCUUUUUUUCAAGCACCAGAUUUAGCUACCAAUUUACCUACGUCGUUUCAUCAUCUGGUUGUGCUUCGUGUGGUCUCAUCAUCACCCUUGGAUUUAUCUUGUCAAGGACUUCAAACCAUACUCCAACGCUCAUCUUUUCUACAAGAAAUUGAAUUUGAUGUGCAAUUUGCACCUGGGGUAUUUUUGGAUGCAAAUGAUGAAAAUGAGAUUAAACCAUUACCAGAAUGCUUUAAGAAACACCUCAAGAUAAUCAAGAUACAUGGAUUUUGUGGGGCUGCAAAUCAACUCAAUGCAAUAAAGUUCUUGCUGAAAACAACUCGAGUUUUGGAUAGACUUUACAUUCAUGGAAGUGAAUAUUAUUUUGACUCUCAUGAGGGAAGACAGAAGUUAGAGAGAUUUUACGUGCAGAUUUUAAGAUUUCGUAAAGCUUCAUUGGGUUGCAUCAUCAAUUUGGAAUAG